AUUUAUAUAAAUUUGAUUUAAAUUCAUGAUGAUGUAUGAAAACGAAGAGAGUAUAUAUAACCUUAUCCCUCCUGAAGAAUAUAAAGCACCAAAAUCAAAAUUAUAUAAGUCAAAACAUAACCCAAAGGUAGUUCCUACAGGUUCAACUUUCUGCUUGACAACAACUUCGAAGCCUGGAGUUGCUAAUCUAAACGGAGAGGUUGCUCCAGAAGGGUCUAAUCAUCAUAACGUUGCAAGUACAGGCCUCUGGGGUAAGAAGCUCGGAGACAGCAAAGCCAACCCCACCACUUUUAUGAAGAAAGGCCAAGGCACCAUGAGGGCCACCGGCCUCGUCCCCACCAAGACCGAUUAUAAAAAGAGAGGCUCCAAAAGGGCUCCCGUCCCCAAGAAAGACGAAAAGCCGAUCAUGGGACUCACUUCGGAUAAGAACUACAUUGUGGCGAAUGCAGUGGAGAACAUUCUGGCUGCACCCAAAGUCAAGGAUAAUAAAGGCAGAGAUUACACCAAGAAGAAGGACUACGGUAAAACUCCGAAAUACCUCCAGAAGAUCAAAAACGAGAUCGACCAGGAGUUCGAGUUGGUCCGUGAAAUGCAGAUGGAAGAAGACGCCCAGAGAGACAGGGACAAGUUCUUGCUGCCGGACGACGAGAGAGCAGAACUCAUCAAGGCGUUGAAGAAGAAGUGGGAGGUUGUCCACAAGCAAUACCAAGAGAUCACCCAUGUGCAGAAGAUUGACACAGUUGGACUCAGAAGAAAGAAAGAAAACUGUGAGCAAGAGUUAAGACAAUUAGAAAAAGACAUAGAGAAAUUGUCAAAGAAAUUCAUCUUCGUUGAUACCACGUAUGGAGAUUAUUACUAA